AUGCAACCAAUCAACACUGUUUCCACUUCCGCCGCUGAAAAGUCCAAGUCCGGUGAAAACAAGGACAACUGGAGAUUGCCAUGGAUUACCACUGGCUGUGUUAUUGCUUAA